UGUGGUUCUGAUCCAGAUUCGCCACAUGCGAGUCAACAGGCCGGCUGGGACCAGCAGGGGACUGAUGCGUGACCUGAAGGGAAUUGCCAGUAUUACCUUGUUACUAGGACUAACAUGGACUGUUGGCUUCUUCACCUGGGGGCCAGCCAGAGUGGUUUUGCUGUACCUCUUCGCUGGACUUAACACCCUGCAAGGACUUUUCCUCUUCCUCUUCCACUGUCUGAUGAAGGAAAAUGUCAGGAAACAGUGGAGGAUUCACCUCUGCUUUGGACGUUUUCGACUUGAAGAAUAUUCUGAGGGGAGCAACUCUGGGUCAGUUGGAAUCACAGCCAAACCCAGAUCCAAUCCUCCAAGACCAUCAGUACCAUCGGUCCACUCGGUCAAGUCCAGUUCCACAAACAGCACAUCGGUUUCCUCCGACUCCAGCCAGAGAGACUCAUCCUGCAAGAGACCAAACCUGGGCCUUUUUGUGAAUUCCCUGGUUCUCCCUCGGGCCCAGAGAAGCCCCUCAGGUACAGGAGCUCUGAAUUCCCAGAGGGGGAUAAAGCCAACACCUGGCUGGAGGAAUCACUCGCUCGGCCAGCAAGAACAAAGAUAAAACACACAGGGUGCACUGUACAUAUGCAUUUGCAUACAUACACGCAGAGACUUGCACAUCCCAGUAACUAUAAUGAAAAGCUUUAAAACUGAAACAGCAGCCUUAACACGUAUUGUACUUCAAUUUAGAUUUAUGUAAUCCAAGCAGCGUAGAGGCAGAAUUAACAACGAAGCAUCAUUGUAUUCUAGCGUCAUUAGAUAAUGUAAUCAUGCAAUUCUAUUGUUUUUUUGUUUUUGCUAAAUACUGUAAAAGACCCUGUAAUUAUAAAGACAUGAGAAGUUGCAUCAGCUCCAAGGAGCAGUUGGUU